UCCCAUCCCAACGUGUUGGGACCAACCCAACCCAAAUUCCACCAACCCCAACCUCAGGACGCCCCCAAUUCCACCAUUUUUAACCCCACCCCUCGAGGCGCAACCGACCCGACCUCACCCAGCCCCCCUCCGCCUCUGACCUCCCACCAUCCCGUCCCCCCCAAGGAGCACAAAUCCAAGGUGACGGCCCUGGAGCACCAGGUGGCCCAAGCCAAGACCCGUUACUCCGUGGCCCUCCGUAACCUGGAGCAGAUCAGUGAGCAGAUCCACGCCCGCCGCCUCCACCGCCUCGUCCUCCGCCGCGCUUCGCCGGUGGGCGCCGAAUCCGGGCACCGAGGUGCCGAAGGACCCCCUCCCGAUUCCGUCUCUGUUCUGAGCCUUCAAACCAUCGCCUCCGACCUCCAAAAAUUCGAUUCCGUCGAACAUUUGCUCGGCCUUUCGGAUGCCAGCAGCCUCCAAGGCGAGGAGAUGGAAGAGACGACGGCGAGGCGCGGUGGGAACGGACGAUUCCGGCAUCACCGAAGCGUCAGCCUUUAAUCGCCGCUCUUCCUUUUCUUCCGUCUGAGUGGGACGGAAGGACGGACGGACGGACGGACGGACGCGCGGCCCUCGGUGCUCCCAGUGAGGGAGAAGGGUGGGCGGCGUCGGCCCGGCUUUGGUUUGCCGGAGAAGAGCGUUGGUUGGGUUGAGGUUGGGUUGGCCAAGGUUCUACCGGAGGUGCUGGCUCUCGAGCGACCAAAACGGGGUGAAAAAACCCAAAAUCGGGGGCUCUGGGAGGGGUGGUUUUUUUCCCGAAGCGUCACAACUUGUGGGUCUCCCCGCAUCUCGUUGGUCAAAAUGGGGCAAAAAACCCCAAAAUCGGGCUCUCCCGAGAUGUGCUUUUCCCCGAAACGCCACCGGGUUGGGUCUCCCGUCUUCUCGUUGGCCAAAAUGGGGUGAAAAACCCCAAAAUCGGGCGCUUUUGAGGCGGAUUUUCCUCCAAUCCCCACCCGUUGGAUCUCACAACGCUACUGGUUGGGUCUGCCAUCGUCUCGUUGACCAAAAUGGGGAAAAAAACCCAAAAUUGGGCA